AUGGCAUCCUCUUCUACAUCCGAGUAUGUGACCUUGGUAUCAUGCGAUGGCUUUGAAUUUAUUCUGCCUCGCAGCUCCGCUUGUAUCUCGGGUACAAUCCGGCGCAUGCUGGACCCUUCAAGCAACUUCUCAGAGGCUAUUACCGGCCGCUGUGUGCUUGAAAAUCUGAGUGGUGUCGUCCUGGAGAAAGUCUGCGAAUACUUCCUUUACAAUGAGAAGCACAAGGAUCAAGCCAAUGUGGCUGAUAUGGAAAUUCCAGCUGAGCUCUGCCUAGAGCUCUUGAUGGCGGCCGAUUACUUGGACACCUGA